AUGAAGGAUAUAGGAAAGCACUCUGCCAGCUUACCGGAAUCUGGAACGGUCAGGAUGAUUACGCUUGAAGUACUCAUUCAAGGAAUCGAGGUUUCGCAGAGUAGAUGGUCAGAAGAAGUGCUGAAAGCUAUUCUAGACCAUUUCGGGAGGACGACGAGAAGGUCAUGGUCUUUGUGUCGUUCUCUGUAUAGCGAGAAGUUCUUGUGUGCAGUUAUCCUCGAAGAACUGAAACAAGCGAAUUCUGUCACUACGAGUAUUGCAGGCCAUACGUGCUCAUAG